CAUACAGAUUGACAAAACUGUCUGUAACGGUUCCGGGUGCAAGUAUUUGACUUGUAGGAUGAUAAGGUUUACUAGGUUCUGCUUCCAGCGACGUAUUUUGUAUCUAACUGACUCUAGGGAAUAUUACGUGCAUUUGGAUCUGUAGCCUUUGGGAACAUAUGAAAUAUUGUUUUUAGUUUUGGGACCAUGCUGAGCAUCAGGGAAUCUGAAAUAACGUCUCCAAACACUUGGGUGAUCAGUUGCAGACGUCACUCUCCAGAAAUCUGGGUAUGGACCCUUUAAGAAGCAGCGGAGCCCCUCUGGCCUGGGACGUAAGACCCCGAUUUCCUGAGCCCUCGACGGGGAGCGGCCUUUCCUCUGGGAGGUCCACAGGAGUGUUUUAAUCCUGGCGCUGGGUGCCUGUGAACUACAUUACCCAGAAGAGCGCGCGUCGAUGGACGGCAUCUCUGACCAAUGAAGACAGAAAAGAGAGUCGUUUCUGGGUGUGCGCCUAACGUCGGGGCGGGACUUCUGGUUUCAUCCCCCUGGCGGUAGUUUUGCCUCUUUUCAUUAGUCUUCACCCGCUAAUGUUCGGGACCGAGGCGACUAGCUGACAAAGCCCGAGGAGAAGCGGUUUCCCCGCCUCGCAGACGGCUCCACGAGUCGGCGACGCCGUCCGGGCUGCCCCGUUCCGGGGUCGGGACAAGGACCGCGGGCCCGGGUGUCCGUUCUCCCAGGGGGUCCGAUGGCGGCGGCCGCGCGCAGGGACCCGACUGAGGGCACUGUGACCUUUGAGGAUGUGGCCGUGUACUUCUCCAGGGAGGAAUGGGGUCUCCUCGAGGAGGCUCAGAGACGCCUGUACCAGGAUGUGAUGCUGGAGAACUUGGCACUUGUAACCUCCCUGGGUUGUCAGCAUGGAGCAGAGAAUGAGGAGGCACCUUCUGAGCAGAGUGUUUCUGUAGAAGGAGUGUCACAUGUCAGGACUCCCAAGGCAGGUCUUUCUCCCCAGAAGGCCAGCCCCUGUGAGGUGUGUGCUCCAGUCUUGAAAGACCGUUUCCAGUUGGCUGAGCACCAGGAAACCCAGUUCAAUGAGAAAUUGUACACUGGUGGGACACAUGGGAAAAGAGUCUAUUUCAGCGGAAACCUUCAGCAGCAGCAGAAGGAGCACACUGGAGAUCAGCCCUUCAGAAGCAGCGCGAGUGGAGCUUCGGUGGCAAAGAGCUGCAGACGGCAUGUGUCAGGGAAGCCCUUCAUCUGUGGGGAGACUGAGAAGGACUUCCUGGUCAGCUCGGGAUUCCUCCAGCAACAGGCCACACACACUGGGGAGAAGUCAAACAAUGGAACUGAGUGUGGGGCAGCCUUCCACAAGGGAAAAACUCAACACCACUGGGGAGACUGCACAGAAGCUCUCAGCAACCAACACACAUUUGUUCAUCACCAGAGAGUCCUCCCUGGGGAAAGAUGUUACAUGUGCAGUGAGUGUGGGAAAUCUUUUAGCCAUAACUCUAGCCUCAUUAAACACCAGAGAGUUCACACCGGAGAAAGGCCUUAUGCGUGUGGGGAAUGUGGGAAAUCCUUUAGCCAAAGCUCCAACCUCUUUCAACAUCGGAGAGUUCACACUGGAGAAAGGCCCUAUGAGUGCAGUGAAUGUGGGAAAUCUUUUAGCCAAAGUUACAGCCUGAAUAACCAUCGGAAAGUUCAUACCGGAGAAAGGCCUUUUGAGUGUGGAGAAUGUGGCAAAUCAUUUAGUCAAAGAUCCAACCUCAUUCAGCAUCGGAGAAUUCACACUGGAGAAAAGCCUUAUGAGUGCAGUGAAUGUGGGAAGUCUUUUAAUCAAAGCUCUGCACUCCUGCAACACCAUACUGUUCACACUGGAGAAAGACCGUAUGAGUGCAGUGAAUGUGGGAAAUCCUUUACCUACAGUUCCAGUCUCUUAAAACACCAGAAGGUCCACACUGGAUCAAAGCCUUAUGAGUGUAGUGAAUGUAGGAAAUCUUUUAGCCAAAAUUGCAGCCUUGUUCUACAUCUGAGAGUUCACACUGGAGAAAGGCCUUAUGAGUGCAGCAAAUGUGGGAAAUCUUUUAGCCAAAGCUCUGCGCUCCUUAAACACCAGAGAGUUCACACUGGAGAAAGGCCAUAUGAGUGCCGUGAAUGUGGGAAGUCCUUUAGGCGAAGCUCCAACUUCAGUGACCAUCGAAGGGUUCACACUGGAGAAAGGCCAUAUAAGUGCAACCAGUGUGAGAAAUCCUUUAGUAAAAGCUCUGGCCUCACUCGACACCAGAGAGUUCAUACUGGAUUGGGCCUUAUGAGUGUCUUGAAUGAGAAAGCCAUUAGCCAAAGGCCUUACCUCAUUGAUUACCACAAAGUGCACAUGGCAAAAACAACUUAGUUGUGUAGCAAAUGUGUUUCCUUGUUCAGUGUAACAGCACUUGAGCGAUCUCUUUUGAGGGUGCCAUCUGCCUGUUGAGCCUCAUGCAUCCAGACAUCAGAAUAAAUGGCAGGUAUGUGGGAGUUGCAUUGCAUGUUUCAGCGUAGGCCCGUGUCAGGUUUUUAUUACUGUUGAUUCUGUAGCAGCAGCCAUUCACCUCUGACACAUGGCAGGUGCCACACGUGUAUCAUUUCUCCAUCUUGACAUGUUCAGAGAAGUAAACCUUCCUGUUUUCCCAUUUGUGGUAAAUAUGUGAGAAGCCAAAGUACUCAUUCCUUUCUGUCUGAUGACCCAGUUGUGGUCCAGAGGACUCCAUCUGACUUUCCAAGUCACCUUUUUAGGGAUGUUGUUGGUCUGGGGACUCUUGUGGAAUUUUUAGCCUCCAAGUCACCAACCCAGGAACAGCCUGCCUCCGUCAUUCUGGUUUGUGCUAUAACAAAGGCCUUAUUGUUUGAGUCGCCUUUAUCUUGAGGGUUAGACUUACUCUUAUGGGGUGGUUUCAGAACAGUGGAAUGUUUGUGUACUUCAGGGGGAUGGGAUGAUGGUAGUCCUCUCUCUAGUUUGGUCCUUGUUUGCAUUGCUGCCCAAGGCCUGUAAGGAAAUUGUGUCAGGUUUUGUGGCUGAAUUGUAGCCUAGAUACAGGACAUUUUGUGGUGUUGGAGCUCACCCUGAAGAGGGGGCAGUUGUGACAACCUCUGGUACUUCUUGGAACCACAUAAAAUUGUUCUCUGCUUUGCAGGGGAUACUGUUUCGUGCUCAGCACUGGUGCAGGAAUUCUGUACCUAGGUCCUGCAAACAAGUGAUGUACCCUGAUGUCCAGAAUUCUGUGUGGUAGUGUCACUGGCUGAAAGACUAUGAGGAAAUUAUCAUUGUAUACAAACAGUGGGUAAAUAGAAGAGUGCAAGAGACUGCAACAUCUGGUUGGAAUGAGCCUCUUUUAAAAGGGCACCUGCCAUUGUUCCAGGGGCGCCUGGGUGGCUCAGUUAAGCGUCUGACUCUUGAUUUCGGCUCAGGUCAUGAUUUCAUGGUUCAUGAGAUUGAGCCCCGUGUCAGGCUGUGUGCUGACAGCAGGGAGCCUGCUUGGGAUUCUCUCUCUCUCUCUUUCUCUCAAAAACAAAAACAAAAAGAUGAAAAAAAAAAAGGUACCUGCCAUCAUUCCAGUUGGUAAGGCUGUGAAGGAUGAACAGGAACAGAAAUUCUCAGAUCCUCCCUGGGUAGGAGCACCUGGGUGGCUCAGUCAGUUAAGCGUCCAACUCUUGGUUUCCACUUAGGUCAUGAUCUUGUGGUUCGUGGGUUCAAGCUCCGCACUGGGCUCUGUGUUGCUGGUGCAGAGCCUGUUUGAGAUUCUCUCUCCUCUCUCUCUCUCUGCCCUUCUGUGCUCUCUCAAAAUAGAUAAACUUAAAAAAAAAAAAAAAGAAAAAAAAUUCUCAGAUCCUCCUGAACUAUGAGUCUUGUGUAGCUGAGGGCCUUGUCAGAAAAUAAUCUAAUGGUUUUACAGAUUCCUGUAGUUUGUCUGCAUUGUUCACCUUAAGGCCAUUGCUGCACAGGAGGGAAAACAAGAAUAGAAAGAAGGAAGAUCUCAGUCCAGCAUUGUGGGCUUUGGUACCCAGCCUGCAUUCCCGAUCACUCAGGUGGAAAUGGCUUUCAUUGCUCACUUAUAUAUGUUGCCACUGAGGCAAGGUGCUGAUCCCAAGGCAUUACAAGGGAUAUGAUGGGGUCAAUAUAGGUUGGCCAAAUUUUAUUUUUGGAAAACAGAAAGAAAUUUUUUUAUUAUACUGUUAAUGCCUUUUAGGUAGGGUUAAUAAACAAUUGUCCAUAUUUAAAGUGUACCAUUUGGUAAGUUUUGAUAUUCAUAUAAACCCAUGAAACCAUCAUCACAAUCAUAACAUUGUACAUAUGCAUCACCCCAUAUUCAUUCAUGUUCUUUAAUUAUCUCUCUCUCUCCUCCAGGCAAACAUUGGUUUUUACUUUCUUUUACAAUAGAUUCAUUUGUAUUUUUUGUAUUUUAUGUGAUUGAGAAUAAAAUGUUUAAAUUUUUUCCUCUGGGUGUCCUCAUUUAGUAUAUUUAUUUUGAGAUUUGUCAGUGGGUCUGUGUAAUUAGUUUUUUCUUUUAAGGGUCAAGAAAUGUAAUGUUCAGUGGACAAACCACUAUUUCUUUAUUCAUUCAUCUGUUUUAGAUAUUUGAGUUGUUUCCAGUUUUUGGCUUUAUCGGUUGUUACAGACAUUUGUUUGAUUCUUACAGUUAUGAUUCUUUAUACAGUAUGUUUCAUUUCUCUUGUGAUAAUACCUCAGAAUGCAAUGUGUGAGUUACAGGGCUGUGGUUUUGGGGCUGUUAAAUGUGGUCAUUCUCAGGAGAACUCCUAAGUGUUAGCUCCCGAUGAAAAGAUGUGUUAGUUAUGGGCUGAAUUGUAUGCUCCGAAGUUCAUGUUGAAAUCCUAACUUCCAAUACCUCAGAAUGUCAUUGUAUUUGGAAAUAGGUCUUUUAAAAAAAGGUAAAAUAAAGGCAAUACGUGGACACUAA